AUAAUUUACCAUUUUCAAAGGGAUAAUCAACUCCAUUUAAGUUCAUUAUGGACAUUGUCAAAAUCCCUAUUUUUUAUCCAGGUAGAAGAAAUUCGUGGAAGUGUCGAACUAAUCGCAUCCAAUGUUGAGGAAGUGAAAAAAAAGCAUUCGGCUAUUCUUUCGAAUCCCGUUAAUGAUCCCAAAACAAAGGAAGAACUGGAUGAACUUAUGGCCAGUAUCAAGAAAACUGCUAACAAAGUUCGUGGAAAACUAAAAUUGAUAGAAAACAGCAUUGAACACGAUGAAAGCAGUGGUAUGUCUUCAGCAGAUUUGCGAAUUCGUAAAACACAGCAUGCAACAUUAUCGAGAAAAUUUGUUGAAGUCAUGACUGACUAUAAUAAGACACAAACUGAUUAUCGAGAGAGAUGUAAGGGACGUAUACAAAGACAACUUGAUAUUGCUGGUAAACAAGUUGAUGACCAGGAUUUGGAAGAGAUGAUUGAGUCGGGGAAUCCAGGGGUUUUUACUCAGGGAAUAAUAACGGAUACUCAACAAGCACGACAAACACUUGCUGAUAUCGAGGCAAGGCACAACGAUAUUAUGAAAUUGGAAUCAAGCAUUCGGGAAUUGCAUGAUAUGUUCAUGGAUAUGGCCAUGCUUGUCGAGUCCCAAGGUGAAAUGGUUGAUCGAAUAGAAUAUAAUGUUGAACAUGCGAAAGAAUUUGUUGAUCGAGCUGUUGCUGAUACGAAAAAAGCAGUGCAAUAUCAGAGUAAAGCCAGACGGGUUUGUUUUUCCGCAUAUUUUGUUUUUUUAUUGUAA